AUGACAUUCUCCCCUAUGAUAGACGAUGAAUCUUGGAAAGAACCUAAGGGUCAGAUCCGCUGCUCACAACUGAUGGACGUAGGUCUCGUCGUCGAAAUGAACUCCAAUCUGUCGUUAGUCACUUAUGAUAGCGCUACUCAUCGAACAUUUGGCCUCUGCCUACUGAGAUUUGAGGGAAAUGCGCAACGUCUCAUGCAACGUAUCGAACGCCUCCCUAAUUUUGCAAUCAGCCCACUAUUUGCACCAGUCGUCAUUGCUGGAAUCGCGGUACACGAUAUGAGGACGUAUUCUAACACAAUCAUUGUGGAGAGUUUUACCAUGGAGUCAGCGCUGGGCUAUUGGUCACGAGAGUCAGACGACCGUGUGGAGAGAGACUCAAAUCUUGCCAAGACGAUACAGUCUUUGAAUGCGCUCUCGAUCAGAAUUGCCGACAUUGAGUUCAUCCUUUCCAAGACGACGUCUGCCCUAGAUUUUCUGAAUGAGCAGCUCCUAGUAUGGCCCGAAGAACCUGGUGUCCCUAUUCGUAUUGAGUUACAGGAGCAAACCAGAUGGCUACGGCAGUUUACUCUGAAUUGGAUGGGUAUGAUCAAACGAACACAGUAUAACGUUCAGUCAAUGACACAAACUAUAUAUGCGACUCUUCAGCAAAGAGACAACCAGCUCAACCAUCGCUACGGUGCCGACAUGCGACUGAUUACCGCUAUCACUCUCAUCUUUCUUCCCAGAACUUUCGUCGCAACCUUCUUCAGUACAACAUUCUGGGACUUCUCUCCUGAUAACAAAGGCACGAAAGUAACUUACUGGGUGUAUUUGUACUUUGUGGUCACAAUAGGGCUGACGCUCUUAGUGCUCGUAGUGUGGAGAAAAUUCAGUGUGCUCAAACGAUUGGCUGCAAAUUUGGGGCAAGUGGUGCACCGAAUACCUUUGCUGGGGAAACUGAUGAAGAAGAAACGGGUGGAUGACGAAGAGGUGGGGAAGAAGGGUGAUUGA